AUGGCCUCUCAUCUCGAAGCCGUAGCCCGUAGGACCAUCCAAAUCCCCUAUAGCUCGACCGUGCCGCCCACUUACGCCUUAAACCUCAACAGGUUCGUGGCCGCAAAUCCGCACGACACAAAUUUCAUCAUCACGAAGAAUGGCAAUUACGGAACCCUCAGUUGUUUAGAGUCCAAUUGCAGCAGCUUCAGCUAUUUUCUGGGCAGUUACGAAAGUGCAAUGAACAGCCAGGUCGGGGCCUAUGGUCCUUUGAACUACUACGCUCAACACGUCACAAACGACGAUGCACACGUCGCGAGCCGACAAGCCAGGCUCAACCCCAAUCCAUCCUCAUCUAAUGGUACCCCAUCCCCAAUCACCUCGAACCUGACGUCCGAGAAUUCUUCGCUCUCCCAGAUGAGGACGGUGAAGCCGACUCCUUCUCGCAAGCGGUCUAGUGACUGUAUCGAGCUCUCAGACUCCGAAACCGAAUCUCCGAAGGCAAAGCGUGUCAAACUCGAUUCGCCCUCCAAGGUCCCCUUUGGAACCGUCAACUCUAACGUCCCUACGAAUACUUCUCCUCGCACAUCAUCCAUCGCGCAUGCAACUUCUACCUCAUCCGGAGCUGUCUCAUUUGCUCCCAACAUUUCUCUACAAAACACUGUCGCCUUACCAGUACCAUCCACAUCAACGGCGGCCUCGCUCACUCCGUCUACGGUCAACCCACUCCAUGUCCAUGCUCGACCUGCAACUUCUUUCCCUAUCGCACCGACGACAGCCAGCUUUGGAGUUCCAGUCACGAAUCCAUAUCCCACCGCAUCAGCUCUAUUAUCCACUCCGUCUCAACAAGCAACUAACUUCAACGAUUUUGCAUCUUCCGCUCUCGACUCUCUUGCGGCUGAUCCUACACUUGACUAUGAUGAUUUCUCUUCUUUCCAACGCCAAGGCCAUAGCUCUAUCCCUGGUCGUCGCUAUGCCGGUCUAGACGUUCGCUCUUUUAUUGAACAAUAUAAUCAGGAGGACUUUGGCAGUGAUAGUAGCGUCAAAGACGGACUCCAGAAGCUCGACCUCACGCAGCUCGGGGAGUGCUUGCCUGGAAUGACCACAUCCUUGCUUGCUCACCAAGUCAUUGGUGUAGCGUGGAUGAAGUCGAGAGAGGCUGAGAAUGCGAGGUAUUGCCAAGGUGGUAUCCUUGCUGACGCCAUGGGCCUUGGGAAGACCGUCCAGACGAUUGGUCUGAUGUGUGCUAACCCCUCAGGUGACCCUGAUUGCCACGCUACUCUCAUUGUCGCCCCGCUUGCUUUGCUCGAACAAUGGAAACAGGAAAUCAUGUGGAAGACCGAGGAAGAUACAUUCAAGGUCCUCAUUUAUCACGGCCCCAAUCGUCCAAAGUCCAAGAAGAAGAUCUCAAAAUACGACGUCGUCCUCACCACAUACCAUACCUUGGCCAAUGAAUGGCCGGACGAGUCCAAGAAGAAAAAGAAAUCCAAAAAUGCAGAGCAAGAUUUCAUCAUAGAAGAUGGUGAAGAGGAAGAGAAGAAGAAGUGUGGCCCUUUGAUGGAUAUUCACUGGUACCGUGUUGUCCUCGACGAAGCACAAAAUAUUCGCAAUCACAGAACAAGGGCAUCAUCAGUAGUGACACAUCUCAUCGCAGAAAAACGCUGGUGCUUGACGGGAACCCCUCUCACAAAUGGUUUACUCGAUGCUUUCGGACUCCUUCGCUUCAUUCAGCACAAUCCUUUCGCAGACUGGGACCGGUUUAGAUUACAUAUCAUGCGCGCAAAUGAGACUACGGGCGCUCAACGACUCCAGCACAUUUUUGGUCCAGUGAUGAUGCGGCGCAAUAAACAGUCUACCCUCGAAGGCCGCAAGAUAAUCGAACUCCCGCCUCGUAAUGAGGACUGGGUGGAGCUGACAAUGUCCCCCGAAGAACGCGAAAUCUACGACUUUGUUGAACAGAAAUCUCAAGUGCGAUUCAACCGUUUCUUGCAAGCCGGAACCGUUCUUAAAAACUACUCCCAAGUUCUCGUUAUGCUCAUGCGACUUCGCCAAAUCUGCGUUCAUCCUUGUCUUCUCAAGGCAUACGAAUCAGCAUUUGAAGUCACCGACACAAGAGCUCCCGAAGCAAGAAAGGUUGUGGAAGAUGCCGCAAACCUAGUCUCGAACGCAUUCGUGGCCCUCGUGAAAAAGAACUUGCGUGAUGCUGCAAUCGAACACAUGAAGAAUGAAAAGCUCAUGGGAAACGAGGCCACGGUUGACGACAACUGUCCCAUCUGCCUCGAACCGUUUGGUAUCGAUGCUGUGGUAGCAGCUCCUUGUGCACAUCAAUUCUGCCGCCCUUGUAUUCAAGGCCAUAUAGCCCGUCCUCGAACCGAGGAGGAUAAUCAAUUCAAGGAUCACGAACGAGAUUGUCCGUGCUGUCGACAAACAAUAUCUCUCAACCUUCUCUUCGAGCGUGCCCCAUUUGAACCCACGAAUGAAGAGUUAGAGCUCGCAGAUGACACACUCGACUCGCUCGAAAUCAGUUGGACUGUCGGUGAAGACGGUAAAGGCAGCUACCAGGCAAAAUUUAGCAAGAAGAAAUCCCGCAAGAGUCGAUUCGAUGACUACUCCGAUUUGGAGGAUUUUAUUGUUGACGAUGACACUGUAGAUCAAGACAAGGCCUCGUAUAAGUCGAAGGACAGAGUCAAGCGAAAGACCAGCCACAAACCUCGUGUCAUACUGUCAGAUGACGAUACCGAAGACGAAGUACCGAAAUCCAAGGCGUCCAAGAUCAAGAAACCGGACGAGGACGAUGAUGAAUACUUGCACUCAGACGAUGGUGACGACGAGAUGGAUGUCCUCGAUCAGAUUCGUACGGCUGUCUCGAAAUAUGCGGAGAGGAAGCAGAUCAAGGAGGCCGAAGAUGCGAUUAUCGACCUUGACUCUGAUUCUGAAGACAAUGGCGAGCCUAAACCCUCACGCACGCUGAUUUUCGAUCCCGUACUGCAACCGCAGAUGAUGUCCUCCUUCAUGCCCAGCACAAAGCUACAGUAUAUGAUGCGCUACAUUGAAGAGGUGGCCAGAGCGAACCCCGACGAAAAGACCAUGGUCGUUUCCCAAUGGACAAGUGCACUCGAUCUCUGCAGUGACUACCUCAGAGAACGCGGUAUCAGCUUUGUCACAUAUCAAGGCAGUAUGAACGCUCGGGCGCGAACCGAGGCUGUCAACAAAUUCAUGACCAAAUCCAAAGUCAGCGUCAUGUUGAUGUCUGUCAAGUGCGGUGGCGUAGGCUUGAAUUUGACGAGGGCAUCUCGUGUCAUCUCCCUCGACAUGUCUUGGAAUGCUGCGACGGACCAGCAAUGCUUCGACCGUGCGCACCGUCUUGGUCAACAACGUGAAGUAUUCAUCGAGCGUUUGACAAUCAAGGACACGGUCGAGCAGCGAAUGCGGCUGAUACAAGAAAGAAAGCAAGGCCUUUCUGAUGCUGCUCUCGGCGAAGGUGCUUCCAGCCGUGUGCGUCUGACCAUCGGUGAACUCGCUACUCUAUUUGGUCUGGGCAACUGA